ACUGUAACUCCCACUUAGCAAUGAAUCGAUGCCAUUGAGUCUACCCAAGUCUCCAAUACUAAAAAAGCGCCUCUGCUCGUCUACCUCAAUAUCAUUCAAAGCUCAAAACACCACACACACGGUUCGAGCACAGGGCUACAUUACCCACCCCUCAUCGCCAAAGCGGGCCUUCAACCGCAUCCUUACUUCGCCCACCUCUCUCACCUCCUCGUCCUUCCACCGCUCACGCGCGUUUACAAACUCAUUCAUCCUCCAUAAACCCUUCAACUCCUCCAUACCUCCCACCAUGGCCCCCAUCGACCCCAUGGAUUCCACCACCCCUCCCCAAAUCGACCGCGCCGCCCUCGCCGCCCACCAACCCAUCGUCAUAUCCGGCCCCUCAGGCUCCGGCAAGUCCACAAUCCUCAAGCGUCUCUUCGACGAGCACAAGGGCAAAUUCGGCUUCAGCGUCUCCCACACCACCCGCUCGCCGCGUGCUCACGAAAAAGAUGGCGAAGACUACCACUUCGUGACGCGCGAGUUCUUCAACGACCUCGUGAAGAAGGGAGGCUUCAUCGAGAGCGCGACCUUCGGCGGAAACAGCUAUGGGACGUCAAUUGCGGCAGUGCAGAAGAUCGCCGAGGAGGGGAAGGUGUGUAUACUGGAUAUCGAAAUGGAGGGGGUGAAGCAGGUAGCCAGCCAUCCGUUUUUCCCGAAACCGAAGUUCUUGUUCCUGCAACCGCCGAGCUUGGAGGUACUGGAGACGCGAUUGAGGGGGCGGGGCACGGACCAUGAGGACGCGGUGAUUAAGAGGUUGAAUCAGGCGAAGGUGGAGAUGGCGUUUGCGAAGAGUGGGGAGGCGCCGCAUGACAAGGUGGUGAUUAAUGAUGACUUGGAUAGGGCGUAUGAGGAGGUGCGGAAGUGUAUAGUGGAAGGGGAGUGGGAUGAUAAGGAGGAGACGAAGAAGGAUUAGGGAUGGUACCUGGCAAGACCUUUGAGACAGAGUUGAGUUUGUUCGGAUCGCCUUCAUAUACCACCGCUCAAAAAUAGCAAAGAGGACGCUCAUAUACAUUAUGGUCGCGUUCCAGCAAUGUUCAGGUGCUACGGUCUGCAAACCAACAAGUGCUCAGACAUACGUUUAGGCACACUAUUUCGCAGUUGGCUUCACUGUAAUAUUACCUCCCUUAUUUCUAACACACUCGAUUACUUGAUAACGCGCUGCAGCACCUC